AUGUGUCCUGUGUGGUUAUUGGUGGCUGUGGUGGUUGUGGGCGGGGCCAGAGGAGCUGUCAGUCAGUGCUGGGAGCAUCCGAGCUGUCAGGAAGUGAACGAUGAGAGAAGCAUGAUGGAGUGUAUCAAGCUCUGUCACUCUGACCUCACCGAUGAGACGCCCGUCAUCCCAGGCCCCUCCCACCUCCAGCCUCUCUCUCUGUCAGACUCCUCCCCCUUCGCCCUGCCGCCCUCCUCUUCCAAACGCUCCUACUCCAUGGAGCACUUCCGUUGGGGGAAGCCCGUCGGCCGCAAGCGCCGCCCAAUCAAAGUCUACACCUCCAACGGCGUGGAGGAGGAGUCUGCUGAGGUUUUCCCCGGCGAGAUGAGGAGGCGGGAGUUGGUCAAUGAGCUGUUAGCAGCAGCGGAGGUGGAGGAGAAGGCCCAGGAAGUGAUGGAGGAGGCAGGGGAAGAGGAGGAGGAGCAGCCCCUGGGUGGAGUCCAGGACAAAAAAGAUGGUUCCUACAAGAUGAAGCAUUUUCGCUGGGGCAGCCCCCCCGCCGCCAAACGCUACGGCGGCUUCAUGAAGAGCUGGGACGAGCGCAGCCAGAGGCCGCUGCUCAUGCUCUUCAAGAACGUCUUCAACAAAGAUGGACAGCAGGAGAAGUGA